GCUAGAGGCUAUGCAUGUACAGCUAGACUUUUUAUGCACAUGUGGCGUCCACGCUGGACACUUGCUGCGGCAGAUCUUGCUAGCUUCGAUUUCUGCCAAGAUGACGACUGCGACUCCUAUUGCAGCUUCGUUCCGCCUUCUGAGGCACAGCAUUGCUGCCUCCGCUGCUCCCGCCACCAAAGUUUCUCCAGUACUCUCUUUAUCUGCCCCUCUGUGUGCAUUUUCCACAGUGAAAGGAAGAGUUCACUUGAGGCAAGAGAGUUUCAAGACGUCUUUCGUUGCACCACUUUCUUUGACAGGGCUUAGUAGCACCACAGUCUUGGGAGGAGGGAGCUUUGAGCAAUUGUCACAGUAUAGAAAAAUGUCGUUCUUGAAGAAACUGGGGAGCAGGAAGGAAACAUCUGCCAAACUCUCUGUUGGUGACACCGUCCCCCCGCUCAUCCUGAAAGAUCAGGAUGGAAAGGACUUCAGUCUGGGUGAUCUGAGGGGAAAGAGUGUUGUCCUAUACUUUUACCCAGCAGACGACACCCCUGGAUGCACAAAGGAGGCGUGCGCCUUCCGGGACUCCUAUGAUACUUUCUUGAAAGCAGGGGCUGAGGUCGUCGGUGUCAGUGGCGACUCUCCAGAAUCUCACACGGCGUUCAAGGCCAAGUACAACCUGCCCUUUACCCUGCUCAGCGACGAGGGUAACAAGACCCGCAAGGAGUGGGGCAUCCCGAGCGAUUUGUUUGGAGCGCUGGCAGGUCGGCAAACGUAUGUCAUCGACAAGGACGGAAAGAUUAAGCUUGUCUUCAACAGCCAGCUCAACUUCGCAAAGCACGUGACGGAGGCUCUUGCUGUGAUCAAUAGCUGAGCUUGUCCUAUGAGAUUAGCUUUACAAGAUUCUGGUCGUCAAAUACGGGGGGCAGUAGGGUUCCGCGCAGAAGAACGGAUCGUCAAACUUGGGAUGCAGUAAACAUCGACUUGAAUAUGGAGGUAGAUCUAGCCGAACUCGAAGAUGUUGUAAGGCUGAAAGCCUAAAGCUGUCUUUGAAGUCGAAGCUCACUGGCAUGCAUUGACUGCUGUGAAUAUAUUGAUUGCAUUGCUUUGCUAAUGUAGAAGCUUGAUUCUGGGAGGCUCUAAGUAUAUUAGGAACAUUAUAACAUUGAACCCUAUAAGAUAGAUCUGGUUCAGUGCUUUAGAUGCACGGCGCCAGUCUGUGUAUAAUCCUCAUUUGAGGUGAGUCUGGGCAUGCCGCAGUCAGAACCUGAGCUGCAGUGAACGGCCACAUACGUAAGCUCAAGCACAUAUAUACGGCAGCCGUGGCCACGGUCAGUAAGAAAUAGCA